CUUCUGCCCUUCGGACCCAAGGGAAAAUUUAAAAUAAAAGAAAGAAAGCGGAGAGGCGGUUGCAAUUCGUCAGGACUCCACAAAAGAUCACCAUGGUUUGCACCCCUGGGCAGCCCAUGGAGUGUUUCAUGUUUGGGUGACUUGACCUCAUUUUUUCUCGUGUACUCCUAAACCCCGUCCCUGAUGCGCGCCGACGCACCAAUAAGCAGAGAAACCGAACCGCUUGUUGCAGCAGUCUACUAGGCUCUCGAAGGUAUCGAGUUGCAUGUUCUGGGACCAAGCGAACGGAAUGCGACCACAUGCUACCCCGACCGCGCAGCGUCAUCAUCCGUUGCAAGGAAUGAUCCUCUUAUAGAUGGACAUACCGAUGCCUUUUCAUGUCCUUCACAACUUUGACGCCUGAUUCCCGAAAACCUCCCCCCCUCCAUGAAUUGUCCCGCUGCCCUGUUAGGAGCGCUAAGAUCUUAACUCUGUGGAGGUUGGCCCGAGCCUCGAAACACCUCCUGUUUAAGCUCCACUGAUUUCAGGCGACCUCUUCCCCAACCUUCUUUUUUGCAAAGAGUUCCUCGUCGUUUCCUUUGAUUUUUGACUUCCAACGACGGAAUGCGCCGUGGGAAGUGCCGGCAACCUUGAUUUCUUCACUUCCACGCAGAAGUGCAUUCUCUCCUUUGGUCCGUCUUACUCGAUUAAUAUACCUAACCGAGAAGCUCUGGAAGCUCCCGAUAUCAUCCUCACGACAAACGAGACGUACGGCUGGACUCCGUGUCGCAUUCUCUUUCAUUUUGUCCUAGCAUGAGAUACCCUUAAGGUCGAAUUUUGUCUGCGUUUUGCACUCGGCGCCAUCCGAUAUUGCCACCAUGGAGAAGAAGUUCAAUAGAAACAAUCUCUCGGUUUCAUCCACAGCUUCGACCGCCUCGGACAAUUCGAGUUCGUCAACGUCAUCGAUAUCACCCGGCCUGAGUCCGAGGAAAAGCCUUUUGUCACCCUCAGAGUUUUUGAUAGCAGAGUCACCCCCUCCAUCACCUGGUUUGCCAUCACUUAUUCCUCGCCAUGGAAAGAAGUCUCACACCUCGAUCUUAUGGAAGCUGCGACGAGUGAUAUACGUAUUUGGGGCACUUUCCGUCCUUACGUGGCUUGCGCUUCGCACUGUUUUCUAUUCUAGCGGCGCCUCGGGACCACUGAAUGGAGAUUAUGAGAUUGUCAGUGCUGAUUCCUUGCCUGAGGAACCUUCAGCUGUCAUGCUGAGUGACAGUCGGGGAAGGCAGAAGUGGACUGUAUCGAUACCACCCCAUCACAGCUUCCCACUUCUCCCUUCACAGUACCAUGAGAUCUGCCAACAAGCAGAGCACAUCUCGAACGAACUCAAUCCAUCGAGAAGGAAGAAAAGACAUUUCGGCUACUACGAAAAAGACUCCUAUUUCGUGGAUGUGGCCGAAGCACAGAAGCAAGGACUUCUUCCAGACAUAAACAGGGAGGGAAAGAUUGGUGAGACCGCGAUUCCAGACGAUCCUAUUUCAGGGCGUCGACCCUGUGGAAAGAGUCUUACGUACGUCAUGGAGACUUCAGACGCCGGAAUGGGAAAUACGCUAUUGGGACUGUGGAUGGCUUAUGGGCUUGCCAAACAGGAAGGUCGUGCAUUCUUCAUUGACGACACCCGAUGGCCGUACGGCAAUUACAGCCAGUACUUUACCUUGCCAAGACACCCAAAUUGUCUGCCGCCAUCAGCCACACAACGCCUGCCGUGUCCACACUCAGCACGGCACCUAGUGGUCUCUGCAGCCACAUUUCCAUUUACCUUUGGGCCAUCCUUCGCGGAACAAUUCACUGAUCACAGAAAGUCGACCGAAACCUUACGACGAAAACCGAUGUUCGAUUUGCUUCGGGCUGGCUAUGAAGAACUUUUCCAUCUGGCCGAUGAGGGUGAUGCGGAAUAUGUUUUGCAGAAGACAGAAGGGGCUUUCAAGAAAGUCAGGAAAGCAGGCGGUACGAACGUUGGGCUGCACAUACGACGAGGCGAUCUGCACCCCUGGGAAUAUCAAUACGAGAAAGAUUAUCUCCCCAUCACCAGGUACAUGGACGAGGUUCGCCAGAUCUUGAUUGACAAAUACGAACACGACGAUCAUGAUCAUGAUGAGGACGACGAUCUACCUGAGGACGGGAAGAUUUACGUUAACGGACAGCCUUUGGUCGCUGGAAAAGUUCCGGAAGACGAGGAGACCAGAGUCCGGAUCACACCAAAGAAGAAGAACAAACGAUCGAAGCUCAAUGGGACGGGGCUUGUGCCGCGACACGGUGCGCCGGGCCUGAUGGCAUCUCAGGUGUACCUCGCCUCUGACGACGCAGAUGUUUAUAGUGCUCCGGAAGUCUCGCGUGCUGUAAGGGCACAAGACCGGAUUGUCCUAGCGUCGAAGAGCGUGCUCGAAGCUGCACAAGGCGGACGUACCAAUCCGUGGAUCGAUGAAGUUCACGGAUGGGAGGGAGGCUUCUACCGCGAUCAAUUCUUUGGUCUUGGCCGACCUGAUGGAGACCGCAUCAAACACAUGUCCAGGUGGAAAGCGCUGCCAGGAUCGCCUCCGGAGCGUGACGCCGCAAGCAGUUUAGAAUUUCCUCGGGUUGAUGGAGUGCUGCUCGAAGACGAUAGUCCGGACUACCUGAAUCCGCCGGGUGAGGCGGCGUUGGCUUUGAGGCAGCUCGUAGGACGAGCCUAUCUCAUGGAUCUGGCUGUGCUCAGUCAGAGUGAUGCUAUUGUAUGUGCUGUGAGCGCAAGCGCGUGUCGGCUCUUAGCUGUUAUGCUAGGCUGGGAUAAGGCGGUGCUAGAGAAAAAAUGGGUCAACGUGGAUGGUGGCUUUGGCUGGAGAGGUCUCGUCGUGCCGGAAUGAGACGAUUUUGAACCUUCGUUAUAUUUGUUUUUGUUGAUGGCAACAUCUGCAUCAUCUGCAUCAGUUUCAUAGACAUCACUCCAUCGUGCCCAAGAGGGCUAUGACAUAGGAUUCCCACAAGAUGAGAGAUCCACAUUGUAAUUAUCUCUUAGUGUCGCAUAAGAAAUUUCCGAGGUCACACUAUC